GGCUCACAUGGCUUAUGGUCUACAGGACUGACAAAUACAAGCGAUUGAAGGCUGAAGUGGAGCGACAGUGCAAACGAUUGGAGAAGAAGAAGGAGACCAUCGGAGAGACCAAUGAUAAGCAGAUGAAGAAGAAGUUGGAGCGCGAAGAAGAGAAGCUCAAGAAUCACAACAGGGAUCUGUCGUUAGUGAAGAUGAAGUCCAUGUUUGCUAUUGGCUUUGCCUUUACAGCAUUGCUGUCAAUGUUUAAUAUCUAUUUGUUUGCUCUAAAUAUGAACACUAGUUUUGAUGGCAGAGUUGUGGCUAAAUUGCCAUUCAUUCCUAUAUCACUAAUUCAAGGCCUAUCGCAUCGUAACCUCAAUGGUGACGAUUACACCGACUGUUCAUUCAUUUUCCUCUAUAUUCUGUGCACAAUGUCUAUAAGACAGAAUAUCCAGAAACUGUUGGGAUUCAGUCCGUCGCGGGCCGCCAGCAAACAGGGCGGAAACAUCUUCGCCCCAAUGGGUCCGCAGAGAUAAUUGACCCAAAUUUAGAAUUUAGUUUUUAAAUAAUUACGAAUGAAUUUUUAAUAUAACAUAAAAAUCUAUAGGAAAACAACAAAUAAAUGAAUUUAUUUUUCAAAAAAUA